CUAUCAGCCUAUGCAUAGACGAUUUUUCUCAAAGUUUACAGGAGUUAGAAGAUUCUCCAAGAUGUGUGAAGAAGUUAAUUCAGUAAUUGCAAAAGAUAUCUUAAAUACCGUGGAUAACUUCUUAUUCGACUGUGACGGAGUAUUAUGGAAUGCUAGUGAAUCUAUUCCUGGGAGCUUGGAAACUAUUAAAGGACUCAAAUCUUUGGGGAAGAAGAUAUUUUAUGUGACCAAUAACAGCACAAAGACCAGGUCUGAGUAUGCCCAGAAAUGUGUUAAGUUGGGGUUUCCUGCCACUGAGGAGGAAAUUGUUUGCACUAGUUACAUAUCAGCCCUUUACUUACAUAACAUGAACUUCAAAGGGAAGAUUUAUGUUGUUGGAAAUCCCAGCAUGGGAGUAGAACUGGAUAGAUUUGGUCUAAAUCAUACUGGGAUUGGUCCAGACCCUCCAGAUGAAAAUCAGGAAUCUUUUCAAAUUGUGUCUGGUUUGAACCUUGACCCUGAGAUAAAUUGUGUCCUGGUUGGAUUUGACAAAUACAUUUCCUAUCCCAAAAUAAUGAAGGCAUCUUCCUAUGCCAGACGAGAGGGGGCGUUGUUUCUGGCUACCAAUGAGGACUCUCAUCUUCCUUUGAACGUACCAUAUGUGGUACCAGGGACGGGGACCAUUGUGGCUGCUGUGAAGGUCCCUGCCAGGAGGGAGCCGCUAGUGAUGGGAAAGCCCGAGAUAAACAUGUUUAAAUGUCUACAGCAGGCACACAAUCUGGACCCCUCCAGGUGUUUAAUGGUAGGAGAUAGAUGUAAUACAGACAUAUCAAUGGCUACAAACUGUGGUAUGAAGUCCCUCCUGGUCCUGACCGGGGUCUCGUCUUUGUCAGACGUAGAGGAAUACAAGGCAUCUAAGGAUCCCGUCAAGCAGACAUACGUACCUACGUACUACACCAGCAAAUUAGGACAGCUAGGAAAGCUUCUAGGAUUUAGUAUACCUUAAUGAUUUUAGAAAUAUUUUAAUUAGGAAAAUUUAAUAUAUUUUUGUUCUAGAGUGUUUAUUCCUUUGUAAUUUUAUCAGUGAGUGGAUGCUGUGCGUUAUUUAUAGACUUGUAUCCUAGAUAAUUAUGAAACCAUGUGUUGUUGGAUGGAUGUUAACCGAUUCAGGAUCCUUAGUCUAAUCAGGCAUUCCAUUCCAAUCUUAUUUGAUUAUUCUAGAUAUUAGUUUUGUAAAAAUUUGUAAAAUUUUGAAGCAGUUGUUAUUAUGAUUUUAAUUGUUAAAUAGGAAAUACUCACUUGUCUAACCAGAAGUACCAUUUUAUGUAUAUACAACUCUACCAGUAAACAUGUAUAUGUAAUACUUCAACAAUGAGUUAACUUCAAAGCAUGGUGCUGUAAUUUUUACAUGAUUCAAUUUAUAGGAUUUCAUUUUAAAUAAAUUAAUUUUAUAUAUA